CGAAGUGGCCUGCCUCAUUUCGCCACUACCUUUUAUGAUCCUCGUAAUAUAGAUAUCGCAACUUCUCUUUUCCUUUAUUCUUCUGGGCACGAGGCUUCGGGUUGACGCUAAUGCCGUUGGUGGCUGCUUUUCUGCACGGCGCUCUGAGUUUGCAUAACGUUGGCGUGGGAAUGAGCGAUGCAUGGAGCUGGAGGCGCGUUGGGAGUGGGAAGACGCAUGAGAGUGAGGGAGGUGGACAAAAGUGUGUUGGCGGCGGCUUGAAAAUAGAAACGCGAUUGAUGGAGUGGGUGAGAGAAUACACUUUCAGCGCCUGCCUGCUUGCGCACUCGCCUUUAUAUCCUAUUCGGCUUAGUAUCCCGGCUAUAAGGCCGGCUUAAAGCAGCUCCUACAGGAAAGGAGAGGCAACGCCUAGAGAAGGCACUGAUGGCGCUGUCUCUAUCUAGGACUCAAUCUAGAUGCGGAAAUAAACGUGGAGAGACGUAAGCUA